GCAAUCGGAGCCUCAGUCUCUCGCCGGAAGGGAAGAGAGUGUAGCCUCACCGGACGUCUGUGUUCUCUUCAUCUAGCACUUUCCUGAAGGACCUCGCCGCCCUUCCCAAUGCUCUCGUACAUCGGCAGAUCCAGCCAGUUCGCCCCGGCGCUGAAGGGGUCGGCGCAGGCGGUGGCCAAUGGGCUCAAGAACGUCUUGCCAGGUGCGGUAGAUGCGGCCGCCCCAGAACUCGUUCAGAAAGUCCCUCUGGCGCUCACCCCCGCUUCAAUGGCCAAGAGGUGCCCUAGCGGCGCUGUUGUGGCCAAGGCUGGUCUCGGAGCGUCGUCCCAGGUUCGCUUUGCGCAUACAGACAUCCAGGUGCCUGACUUCAGUGCAUACCGCCGUGAUGAUGUCAAGGAUACGCGCGCCAAGGCAGGAGAAUCCGCUCCCAAUCGCAGCGCCUUCACAUACAUGCUGGUUGGAGGUGGUACUGUGACCGGUAUUUACUCUGCCAAGGCCGUUGUCUCACAGUUCGUGUCCUCUAUGUCGGCCUCUGCUGAUGUGUUGGCCUUGGCCAAGAUUGAAAUCAAGCUAGAUGAUAUUCCGGAAGGCAAGUCUGUCACCUUCAAGUGGAGAGGCAAGCCACUCUUUGUCCGACACAGGACUGAUGAGGAAGUUGCCACAGAAGGUGCCGUGGAUGUAGGCAGCCUACGAGAUCCAGAACAUGACAAUGUGCGAUGCAAGGAACCCAAGUGGCUGAUUGUGCUGGGUGUGUGCACCCAUCUCGGCUGUGUCCCAAUUGCUGAUGCUGGUGACUAUGGUGGUUACUACUCCUGCCACGGUUCCCACUACGACACAGCUGGCCGCAUCCGAAAGGGUCCUGCUCCUCUUAACCUUGAAAUCCCAGAGUACAGCUUCCCUGAGGAUGGAUUACUAGUUGUAGGGUAGACAGAAAAAAGGGAUCUUUAAAAAUGUAUAUUUUUUUGUUGAAAUAUAAAGAAUUAUGAAAAAAAAAAAAGGUUGAACUGCAUUAUGGAAUUCAUCAAUGAUAACACAGGUAUCAGAAUUUAUUAUUUUUGAUCAUCAAGCUGAACAUUUCAGGGAGACUGAUCAGUUUUUCUCAACAUGUACUGAAAUUUAAAAAGAUGUAGAUACUUGGGUCAUUGAAAUCGGCCAUUGACACAUGUUUACUGUAGAUACUGUAUAAAUAAGUUAACCCUCUCUACAGUGAGAUGGUAUUUAUUGCAUAUACAAACGACGGCUGAGACUUGUAACAUAAAAGAAAGUUUUAUC